AUGACGAAAACUAAAAAGGCACGCCAACGAGAGCUCAUUGAAGACUCGCUGGAUGACCUCUUCAACGAUUCCGAGACCAUUUCUCUUUCGCCGAUCCAAUGUAAAAUUCCUAUUCUGAAUAAAGAAGACUUGGAUUCGUAUACUAGCUUCGAUUCCAGCAGAAGUUUCGAACCAGCAGACAUUCCACUUACUCCUUUUGAACGUCUGUAUGAGCCUCGAGAAGCUUGUUACUGGGAUGCUCAAGUUUUUGCCGACUUUGAAAGUGAGAGUCGUGAACUAGAAAGAUUCAUGGACCAGCACGAUCUAGCCAGAGCUUCAAAUGCGUCGAGGAGAAUCACAAAAGCAGAAAAUGUGAAAGCAGUGCUCCCAAGAUUCAGCGCUGCUGAGAUCAAGAAUCGUAUGGAGAAUAGAGACAUCAAAGAUUUAUUUGGAUACUUUGCUAUGCUUCCUCAUCCAUUUUCAAAGUCAAUUAAAAGCCGGGACGAAAGGAAAAUUGAUCUCAUGGGCAAGUAUAGCGAAUAUUUCAAUUAUUUCAAUUAUGCCAACCGUCCCGGAAGCCACGCAAUGGCUAAGCAUAUGGCAAUUCAGAAUAAACUUGUUGAACUUCAAGCUUUCUUGGACGAUCCGGAAGGGCGUCCGCCACCGGCUCCUGAAAUAAAUGUGCCUGUUAGAAGGAUUGGGCCAAGCAAAAGACCAAAACCAGUCAUCCUAAUAGACGAGUCAUCGCAGCGAAGACGGGUUGUGAUUCCUGAUGACGAUCUAGUUAUUUCUGUUAAUAUCCAAGAACAACAGCCUUGUACGAGCGAAGCGAUUUUUGAGAAGAGGGUAGUGGCUGAUGAAGGAGAUGUUCGGAUUCCGAAGAAAGUUCGGAAAGAACAGCGUUCCAGUGAUGAUCAACCUCCAGGGGUAACUCGAAAAGUUGUUCGUAACAUUGAUCCAAGCUGUGAGAGGGAGAUUCUGCUUCGCCAGCAACGGAAAGAAGCAGCGAUGAAGCGUGAAGCUGAGCAUUUUGAGAAUCAAAAAAGGGUGAACGAAGAACACGAAAGACAAGCUGCUGCUGAACGCGCUGAGUAUCAACGUCGAAGAGAAGAAAAGGAUAGAAUGCGAGCUGAACGGAUCAGGGAACAAGAACAGCAUGAAGAGGAACUCCGGCAAGAACGAAUUAAAAAGGCUGAAGCGCACAAAAAAGCAACGGAGGCUGCAGAAGCGAUGAGAAAGAAACGAGAAGAAGAAAAGAAGCAACGGGAAGUAGCCGAAGAAUUCGAAAAGCUAAAACAACGACUCGAUAUUGAAGCUAGAGAGCAAGAGGAGAGAAUGGCUGCAGAGAAGAAAUUACCAGUUCCUGAGCCUAUCGAUACCACCAGUUUUCAAUGCUUGCGAGUCAAAAUGCCGAAUGAUUGGUCGAAGCGCAAAGAUGCGUACUAUAAUCGUUAUGAGUGGCCAUCCGACGCAGCGCAACGAGAGAUUGAAAGAAUGAGCAUUCCGAGAGGAACUGAUCAGGGAUUCAUCGACAUUCCAUGGCAAGACUACCCCGGCACCAGACUGAUUCCUCUGUUCAUACCACCUUCGUAUGCUCGAAGAUCCGCUUCGUCUUCCGCUUCGUCUAAUUUGUCGUCUGCGCGGAGCCCGGCUUUACCGGUCACUCCGGUUUACAUUCCAGGAGACACCCAACUUCUUGAUAAAUUAGUUUCUGAAAUCAAAGAAUUGAUGGGACCUGCUCGAAAAAAUAUCGCGAAUCAUAUCUCCUUGACCGGGGAAGAAGUAGACUAUCAGAAAAUUCCUCUUCACAAGCUUAGAAGUUGUUUCGUGUACCCGUUUUUCCUUUCCGAAGGUCUCUAUUGGCCUCUUUUCUUCAUGCUAGAUGACACUUCAACUGCAACCCAUGUCGAAGCUCUCACCGUAUGCAACACGUUCUCUGGGAGACAUGCAUCGAAAUAUCUCCUGACUACCACAGCUCAGGAAGACAGUGCUGCGAAAAAAUUCGAUUCGACUUAUCACGAUUGCGCCGGACCCUGGCACGAGUAUUCUCAAAAACCAGGACGAUUCAGCCAACGAAUCGGCUACAAAGCACAUUUAAGAAGUUCGACGUUGAGUUUCGAAGAGGAGAGAGAUCGGGCUAGAAAGAAAUUGAAAAAUGAUUUUGCCAACGAAAGGAGAGAAGAGGAUGAACUUGAGCAUAUGAUGGACGACUUUAGACGUCGAAAGGAUGACAAUAGAAACGAAUUGAGAAAACACUUCACUUUGCAUUUGCGUCAGCUCGUUAAAGACGCUCGUCUUGAUGUGUUCUCCUUAAAAGAAACGUUUAGUGAUUACGAUAGAAACGUUGUGAAUCAUCCAGGAACUCGUACGACACCAAUCGAAUACUGGUGGCACAUUCAUGGCUACCGACUCUUCCUGAAAACAAGAGAUGAAGAGUAUGGGACGUUCAUGCAUCGUGCAUGUGCUGACUAUGAGAAAUUGUUAGAACGAAAAGGAUCGACUGGUGCAACGGCGUAUAAAUUCAGCGAAUGGGCAUUCACACCCAUGCUUGCUUCUCUUCAUUAUCAGAGCAAAUACGCCCCGUAUGAUGUGUUCUCUUCCAAAGAUAUGAAAGUUUUGGCUGAUAGGUACAAACAGUACAAUGGGAUGCUCAAGGAGAAGAAGUUUCAUUUCGACAAAUUGUUUGAGAUCUGCAAACUGACGGAUCUCGACAAAAAGCAAUGGACGAUUCUCAACGAUCAACUAGUGUCCCAUUUCCGGCAGUUCCGUAAGUUGUCGAUUUUUAAUCCUGACAAGUUUAUGUUGUAUUUUUCAGCCGCCAUUUUCACUUUGAUCUUCAAUACAAAUGGGGCCCUUAUUCAUCGCGUUGACUAUGUCGUCGACAAUAUUAUGAAUACUGAUUUUAAAGAUAGAAAUAACAUGUGGAACGUCGCCAGGAAUGCCAGACAUGAAUAG